AUGAUAGUCAUAUCAACACGAUCAGCAGCAUUUAUGAUUGAUAAUUUAUUAUCAUCAACAGUUAAUAAUAAUAAAAAGAAAAUAAUUGAAACUGAUUCAAAUAUUCAAUCAUCAGAUAAUUAUAUAAACAAUAAUCGACGUAAACGUAAAUCAUGGACAUGUGAUGUAUGUGGCAAAAUGUUUGAUCGACCUUCACUUUUAAGUCGACAUACACGAACUCAUACAGGUGAAAAGCCACAUGUAUGUCCAACAUGUGGAAAAGCAUUUUCAACAUCAUCUUCUUUAAAUACUCAUUGUCGAAUACAUAGUGGAGAAAAACCACAUUCAUGCGAAGUAUGUGGUAAACGUUUUACGGCUAGUUCAAAUCUUUAUUAUCAUCGAAUGACACAUACAAAAAAAAAACCUCAUAAAUGUUCUUAUUGUGAUAAGACAUUUGCAACACCAGGUGAUCUUCGUGGUCAUACACAUAUUCAUCAAGGUACGUGGCCAUUUCGUUGUACUCAAUGUUCAAAAGGUUUUUCAAAACAAACAAAUCUUAAAAAUCAUUUAUUAACUCAUACAGAUCAUAAAUGUGACAUAUGUGGAAAAUUAUUUUCUCUUCAUUGUAAUCUAAAAUCUCAUCAAAAACUUCAUCGAAAUUUACAAAAUAUUCAUGAACAAGAUGAACCAACAUCAACAACAAAUGAUAUAACUCCAAAUCAAUUUUUUUCAAAUAAAUUUUCUGUUGAACUUCUACAAUUAUUUACUUCUGUUCGAUCUUAUUCGUAA